UGUCAUCUGUCAAACUAGUGAAGCUGUAGAAUAGCAAUGAAGAAACGGAUUUAAAAAUUGUGUAAUUCUGUGUUUGAUUUGUUUUAUUCUUUUUAUUAGACUUAUAUUUUACCCACAACAACAUUUUUAAUUAUUGUGUACCUAUUCCUAAGAUAGACUAUUCGCAAUGCACAAGCUACUAGAGUUUCAAACAGUAGUUCUGGCGGCUGGCCGGGGGUCCCGGCUGCCUGACGUCGGUGGAACGGUGUCCAAAUGUCUUCUACCAGUUGGACCAUACCCUGUAUUAUGGUACUCUUUAAAUAUGUUGGAGAAAAUGGGUUUUCAAGAAACUAUGAUAGUAGUUCUGGAUGAAGAUAAAUCUAACAUCUUGAAUGCAUUAGAAAAGUGCCCUUUGAAAAUCAAGUAUGAUUUUAUUAUGAUUCCAUCCGAAGAAGAUUGGGGUACAGCAAACUCCUUAAAAUUCAUAUACAGCAGAGUUUCAACAGACUUAAUUGUUGUGUCUGGGGACCUCAUCACUAAUGUCAACUUGCAUGAUGUGUUCAAUCUCUAUCGCAAGCAUGAUGCAGUGCUGGCCACUUUAUUUUUCAACAAUGGUCCUGAAGAAUGGAUUGAACUUCCAGGCCCAAAAACAAAGGCUAAACCAGACAGAGACUUAGUAUGCAUAGACAAAGAAACACAAAGACUCACCUUUCUAGCCAGUGCUAGCGAUUUUGAAGAAUCCGUAACAAUUCCCAGGAUUCUAAUCAAGAAGUUUGAUUCCAUAAGUAUGUACAGUAGAUUAUUAGAUGCUCAUGUGUAUAUAAUGAAAAAGUGGGUUAUUAAAUACUUAGUGGAAAGUGAUAAAUUCACUUCAGUGAAAGGGGAGCUGAUUCCACAUAUUGUGAAAAAACAAUUAACAAAACCCAAGAGUGCAGUCAACAAGAAAGGUGCUUCAGAGAAAAAUGUAGAAGUUACAAAAAAUAUCUUUGACUUUGCUGAUGAAACAGGGUAUGAGAGCAAAAUUAGAGAAAUGUCUGCAUACAAUGAUCAUAAAGUUGGCAGUAAGGGUGUUUACUAUAAUGAUGUGAUCCGGUGCUAUGCACACAUACCAAGUAAGAGUACAUUUGGCAUGAGAAUCAAUACCCUGUCAUCAUUUUACUUGGCUAACAGUAAGAUCUUAUCCAAAUGGGAAGAGCUGACAGGAUGUCCCCUAUCUGAAAGGUUCCAUCCAAACAGCGAGGUGAAGACAAGGCAGAUAGAUGAGACUUGUACAGUUGGAGACAAGAGUGUAGUGAACGAGAAGACUUCAAUCAAAGGUUCAUUUAUAGGAGCCAACUGUACCGUUGAAAACAAAGUGCGCUUGACCAACUGUAUACUUAUGAAUAAUGUCACUAUCAAAGAAGGAUGCGUCCUCCAAGACUGUGUGAUCUACACGGGCGCGACAGUGGGCCCUGGUUGCAACCUGCAGCAUUGCCUGGUUGGCCCUCACCAUGAGGUGCCACCAACCACUACCAGCAACCACCAGCUACAUGCUGAAACCACUGACAAUAUGAUCACCCUUGGAUAAAUAGGUCAAUUUAUUUAUUGAAAUAAAUUCAUUUAUAUUAUUA